GUGGUCGUAAUUAUAGUGAUUAUCAAAAACACAUAUUUCAAUAAAUCAAUUUCCGCAUUUCAUUUCCUGUAGUAAUGUGGUGAAGGAUGUGACCGGAUAACGGAAAAGUACCGGAGUUUUUCCCGGAGUGUUAACACCGGUCAAGCAUCUGGUGGGGAAUCCGGGGAUAAUGCCGCUGACUGGCUGCAGAUCUCUGGCUUAAAAAGGAUGGUAAAUUCUAUUGGUGAGGAUGGGACUACAACCAACUCCACCAGCCCUUCUCCUCUCACUGAAGAAGAAGGAGGAGGGCACCUCAUCUACCUCACUCCCAUACUCUUCACUCCUUUUCUCUUCAUGGGCGGUUUCGCUACUUCCCUCCUACUUUAUGUUAUACUCAAGUUCUACCGUCGCUCCAUUCAUCCUUACUUCUUCUUGAUCUUCUUUUGCUUCUGUCAGAUAUUCGUUCUAUCACAGUUCUUACUGUCCUUCUUCGGUUCCUCAACAAAAGAACUGGACUGUUCCUUCAACAUGACAAUGCGCUCCACCGCAGUGAGCAUGUUAUCCUACUCAAUGAGCUGCAUCACCACCGCUAGGCUCACUGCUCUCAAACUACCUCUCAGGUAUAAGAGAAUACUUCACGUUAGAAACCAACUGGCUGUAUGUCUGGUGGCUAUGACUUGGGCUUGUUGCUUGUCCAUCCCUCCUAUAUUUGGUCUGUGUGGAUUUGCUUACAAUAGGGAGGAGGAGAGGUGCGAGUAUUUGGACGUUUCAGAGUAUGGCUGCUCCGCUUUUUAUGGGAUAUAUUGCUUUUUUGGGAUCUUUUUCCCAAGACUAGUCACAAUAACUUUAUAUGGGUUUAUUUACAAGUCAGUAAGAAAGAAUCAGAGUCUGAAGAAGAGAUACGCUAGGGUAACAUCCUUCUUAAACGGUCUGCAGAACGUGCUCUCCAUAACCACCGUGCUAACCUUCGUGCUGUCGUCAGAGAACACAAGUAACAAUGUCAUACGAUCCAGGAGAGUACCGGCCCCCGUCAGAAUCAAGUCACCGCAGAUGAGCCGGAGGGAGAAGACCAUGUUUAACGGAGCAAUAGAGUUCGUGGAACAAGUGCAGAGACCUCGCGGGUACAGCAUUGUGGACAGGCACCCUUCGGGCCGUACCAUGAGACGGUACACCAGCUUCGAGUGCAGGAAACGGACCACAUACCAGAAACUGGUGGAGGACCUGCACAACGUGCCAUUCGCUAUUAUCCUGGUGGUGGUGUUGACAUCCCUCACUGUCCUGCCUCUGCUUUGCAAUGUUAUCAAGAUCGGGCAGAUUAAGGGAAACAAACAUUCCUGGGACUGGUUUCUUGACAUAGCUCUCCUCUCACUGCUCAUUUCACUUAGCUGCUCUCCCUACGCAUACCUCCUCACUAUUAAGAGCAUACGGGACAAAUUGGAUAUCACCAUGAUUGGCUGGAAGAGAUACUUUUAUAGGAAGAAAGAUAAAUGGAUGGAUAAAAUUUUAAUUUGUUAAUUUCGUGGAAUUGUAGAAAAAGUAAUGUUAUAACGUGUAUACUAUACGGAAUUGCCUGAGGGGUAUUUAUAUUACAAAAGAGGCUACAUUUUAACCGUUUUGUAUAAUCGGAUCUUUUAUAUCAUAUCGGUAUUGUUUACUGAUGUGGUGAUAUAAACGGUUGAUUAUGUUAAUUAGAUUUUUAU